ACUGACCUCACCAACAACCAUGCUCGACAGUCGUACUGGUUGAACGUAGGCGGUAGCUCUCGACAAGCGAGCAAUGAUCAGUUCUGCAUUUUACUCGUCAUACACAUGUGGUCUACAACUAUUCUCUCGGCCACCAUCCUUGCGGUGUUGGCACUCAUGCCAUCUUCAGUGACCUCUGCUUCGGUAUGCGCCAUCGUCGAAGCCGGCGUCGACUACUACGGCAACGACCUCGUCGCCACGUUCCACGACAACCACGCCGACUGCUGUAGCGACUGCCAAAACACCGAUCGGUGUGUCGUGUACACGUGGCGCGAUGGGGUGUGCUACCUAAAGCACACGAAAGGGACGCCCGAGUACGUCCCUGGUGUGACGUCGGCGGCGCUACCAGCGCAACCAGGCGGAAGUCGCACGUGCGGUAAAGUCGAAAGGGAUGUCGACUACCCCGGCAACGACAUCGUUCGCACUAACACGGCCAACGCUGCCGACUGCUGCACCCAGUGUGCGGCCAACAAUGCGUGUGUCGUGUCGGUAUGGUACAACGGCGCAUGCUACCUCAAAGACAACGACAGGAACAAGAUCAAGGUCGCCGGCGCUCGGGCGUACCACGUUCAGAAAGACGGCAACACUCCGAAACCCACGACUCCGCCAUCCUCGUCGACCGUCAAGCCCCAACCGACGCCGCCCCCGUCCGGCAAGGGCGACUUGGCAGCGCAAGUGACGUACCAAUUGAGCAUAAUUCGCCAAGCCCAUGGGUUGAAUGCCGUCGAGUACGACGCCGACAUGGCGACAGGCAUGCAGGCAUGGGCGGACGACUGCUCCCAGCACCCGAACGGGGGUCAUGGAGGUCCAUAUGGCGUUCAGAACCUCGCGCCGGCGUUGAUCUGCGGCGACAACUGCAUGACACAGGAUGGCCCGUCGUGGUGGUGGUACGACGAGAUCAAGGACUGGGACUUUAACACCAACAAGUGCAAUGUCGGCAACGAAGCCUGUGGCCACUUUGAGAACUCCAUGGGCACGUGGGUGACCCACGUCGGGUGUGGCUGGUCUAGUUGCUUCAACCCCAGCAUUGGCAAAAUCGACCCGUUGUUGUGGUGUAACUACCGCGGCAACGGCGACGACCACCCGAUUCCGCCCCCCCUCGUGCCCCAAGAUCAAAUCAAGGCCUCCCUCACGGCUGCGUUCAAGCGUCGUUAAAGGCGACUACAGUGUAUUCAUGCUUGUGGCUACAUUUACCGACUAGUAAAACUAACAGAUUCCAUAAUGACCUCGUUCAUUGUGCAUGGCAA